AUGGACUCCUUCAAGGUACCUGGGCCUGUCGCCUAUGCAUUCUCUUUCUUUCCCUUGCACACAUUUCCCGAUGUCCUACCACGCUCGACACCGAAUCCUGUCUCACCGACUCUUUGGAUCAGUCCACCAAGAUCAACAACGCGUCUCAGUGCAGAUGUCGAAUGCCUCAAAUGGCAAGCUUACUUGGCUCUCCGUGGACUGACCAACAUCGCAAUUCGUCGUGAUAUCGCUUCAGAAGGCGCACUAGACGCCCGUCUUCCCAAUUUGCAUCUUCCCGACGGCCAGCUUCUUCCAGCCAGACUAAUUCCAACCUGGGCAGAAGAAACGUUGAACGAGCCAGAGCGCCCGUUAGAAGGCUACAAAGACCAAGCUGCGCUCGAUGAAAGUAGGGCAUGGGUAUCUCUCCUGGAAUGCGACAUUCAUGCUGCAUUGGCAAGUACCAUGACGCUCCAACUAGCUCUCAUUCAUCCUUUUCAGCUUUUCAGUCAACCUCGGCCAUCGUAUCUUGCCUCCCUGUUUUCAUUCGAAACUCCUCCGUCCAGGCCAUUAGAAGCAAUUCUCUCACCUCCGCCGCCGCCGUUAUUCGGAAUCAACUCGAUAUUCCCUGCUGUAGGGAGCCACAUUGCACCAGCCGACAUCGAAUCCAAGUACCGCGCAGCUAUAUCUGCUCUCGCUGAACGCCUCGGCACGGAUAAAUGGCUACUUGGAUCAUCCGAACCAACACCUUUGGAUGCCCUCGCUUUCGCAUAUCUGCAUACCAUCCUCCAUACCGCCAACCACAUCAUUCGUAUAGAAGUUACGCGGAGGGUUAACCUUGUCGCAUGGGAGCUGCGAGUUCGAGGAUUAGUUUCCGCUGCCUUCAAGUAG